UAGUGAGAACCGAGCGAGCGGUCGAGGCGGGUUCUGAGAGGGAGGAUGCGGGCGGCCAACGGGCUCUGGGCGGCGCUGGCCUUGAUCCUGCUCCCCGGGGAAAACCACGCUCUGCGGCCCGGAGAGUGCGAAGUGUGUUUGACAUUUCUGGGAAGAUUCUAUCAGAGCCUACAAGACAAGAAUGUUGAGUUCACACCAAACAGUAUUGAAAAAGAAAUUUUGAAAUCCUGCAAAGAGGCAAAAGGAAAAGAGAAUCGUCUGUGCUAUUACAUUGGAGCAACCAGUGAUGCAGCCACUAAAAUGAUUAAUGAGGUGUCCAAACCCCUAAGUAAUCACAUCCCUGUUGAGAAAGUUUGUGAGAAGCUGAAGAAGAAAGACAGUCAGAUCUGUGAGCUGAAGUAUGAUAAACAGAUUGACCUGAGCACUGUGGACCUAAAGAAGCUGAGAGUCAAAGAAUUGAAGAAGAUUCUAGAUGACUGGGGUGAAACAUGCAAAGGAUGCGCAGAAAAAUCAGACUAUAUUCGGAAAAUCAAUGAACUGAUGCCUAAAUAUGCACCCAAAGCAGCCAGUUCGCGGACAGACCUCUGACCACCAUAGUGGCCUCUAGCACAUUAGCAAGUCUCAGACAAACUAUGUUAAUCUUUCUAUUUUCUUUCCUGGAAAGCUGUUUUUGUAACUUAUUUAACUGAGUUUCAAGUGUCAAAUUGGAGCGGUUCUUGCAAUGCUGAUUCAACUGCCUCAUCACAUCUCAAGUUUUUAUUUCUCUUGCCUCUGAUUUAUGUUAAGACAUUGUCAUGUAUGGGGUUUUUAAAAUAAAAGUUAUGAAAUCUA